ACUGAAAACUUUUGUCUGUAAUUUAACCACAGCAAACAAAAGAUCUUGCUCAAAUUACGACAACGGUAAGGCCUUUAACAUUGGCAUUACCAUAUUUCCCCGCAAAAACACCUGCAUUAUUAAUUUUACAUGAGAGUGUUUUUGAACAAGAGUCGAGUGGCGCUUAAAAUACAACUACAAGYCAACCUGGAAGGUGUGAUUCGUGCUCCAACGCACUUAAACUCAAUUCCCAAGCCUAAAAAAUCUAGUUUAAACUACAAAUUGUACACUAAUAAGGCSAAAGGAUGAGCAGUGACGAUAUUAUCGAUAUKCAYGAAGCAUUUCUGCUUUACGACAAGAGAGGCGACAACAAAAUCGAAAGCUGUCAGGUUGGGGAAGUUCUUCGAGCCCUCGGUAUUAAUCCGACGGAGUAUGAAGUUCAAAAAUUGGUCAAUGGAAUUGAUCCUACUGGGGAAGGAAGAGUUAGUUUUUCUGAGUUUUUGCCGAUGUUUCAGAGUCUACGAGAUCGCCACAAGAAAGGCCGCAAAGAUGUCGACGAGGAGUAUUUCUUGGAGUGUUUUCGMGUGUUUGACCGCAGCUGCAAUGGGUUCAUUAGUGCCGCUGAAUUACGUCACGUGUUAACGAGCCUUGGUGAUAAGCUAUCAGAAGAAGAGGUCGACUCUCUUUUAGCUGGCUAUGAGGACAAUCAAGGACAAGUUUACUAUGAAGACUUCGUGCGYGCUGUCAUAAGCGGAUAGACUUUGUCAUGUAUUURAACAGUAUGGGAGUUUMGGGAUUUCAGGAACAACUUGUUUACAUAUAUACAGAUUACAGUCUUUUCUUUUGCUGCACUUUAACAAAUCUCGAAUUCGUUUAAGGAAACUUAUUCAAACCGUAGCUGUGACUAAACCAUGGYAACAGUCAAGUUUGGYGUCAGCUCACUUUUGCUGAAGACAGAUCUCAAUGUUUGCCAGUUUUUUCGCUUCGUAGGGUGCGUACGAUUUGCACGCGUACUUCCAGUUCCUUCUGACCACAGAAAUUUCAGAAAUUGAAAUGCGCGGUAUAAAUGUGUGGAAAUUUUGCACACCACUAUCCAUUUUUCGCAUAAAGUAUUCUUKUUGUAAGCGUUCCUCCAAAGAUCUUUAAAAUAUUUUUAAUAUACUACUGUCUAAUGCACUUUUUAAGCAAGUUAGCUCUCAUUCCCCUAAUUCAUAAUAAGACUGACACUCUUACUAAGCGCUUUAGAUGCGACUAGCCAUCUUGGGAUUCAAAAAACUAAGUACAGAAGAUCGUAGAAUGGCCCGUAACCUUGUUGACGAAAUUAUGAAGGUUAUUAGAUGGUGAAAUAAGUUUUUCUUCUUUUUCCUUCUGAAAAGGUUUGCAAACACGUAGAAAAUAAUACAGCUAAAAAAACAAAUUUACAUAUAUACGAGGUGUUGUGGUUUAAUUGAAGUACGUGGUUGGUUAUAAAAGACUAUUGAUCUGUUUAGCAAAAAUAAAGCCUUGCCACUGA